CAUUGCUCAUCUAUAUAUUGAUAUGUACAUAUUCUUAUUCAUUCCUUUACACUUGUGUUUUGUUCCUGUUCUAGGGUAAAAUCCCUAUGGGAAAGAUGUAUGGGGUGGAGGGAUAAAACAAGGCGUUUUGUUCCUGUCUGAGGGUAAAAUCCCUAUGGGAAAGAUGUAUGGGGUGGAGGGAUAAAACCACUCGUUAUCACAUACAUACUACCAUUGCUGCACUGCUAUUGCUGCACUGCUAUCUAUACUGCUAUCACACAUUUUCCAACUCUAGGCACAUAGACCUUCAGAAAAAUCACUGAGACAUCGUUUCCCUAAGUGAGCCUGACCGAACCCCUGGUUCAUGGACUAUAUCCGUUAUAUUGUGUGUUGCUGACAACUGCCUCAAAGUCUAUUUGAUUUCAGGCCCUGUUUUUGUUCUGUAAUUUAAAAUAAUCCGUUCCCUGACUGUUAAACCCAUAUAGACCGGUGGGUUUUAGACCGCAUGGAAACCACCGCACUGUUAUUUAUACGGUAGGUCUAUGCAUCGCUCCGCACACGCGCGCCUUGGUUCGUGGAGAUCAUCUGCACCACGCGCCCUAGCAACUGCAGCAUCAGCACGAGCAGCGUGGUGACUCGCUACGACAAAGCCACGCACGGAUCCGCUGUGACGGUCUCUCUCCGCUCUGCAAGCAAAGGAUCUUCCAUCCCCAGCCCUGUUAUUUGUUAUUUCCCUGAUAUUCUUCGCGCUAAUCUGCAACGUGGAUCCUCGCUACCUGAAAUAUUUUCAUCGGAUGAUAUAUUUUCACCAUCACGACAAAACGGACUGCUCAUCCUCAUCAUCAACAACAUCGCGCGUUUCAGCAGGCAGGCUACAGCAACGCCCAUAGCAACCUCUAUGCGCAUCCACGAGCCAUCUGUUCAUUACUGCUUGUUUGUGUCUGUCGUCUCCGUCUCCGACAUCUCUGCUCCGCUGUCGCCCUCUCCCGGUUCCUCCCCCUGAUCCCCCCCUGUCUCGUCUCCAGGUUAGCGGCAGGUCUCAUCUCUCGCCUCGCUGCUGGGCACGUAUCCUCCAUCACAAGGCCUCUUCACAGAGAGCAGCUGAUUCAGCUCCUCCCACAUCCUCUGGCUCCUCCCAGCUGUGGCCCCUACUGGGCACGCUCCUUGGCUCUUAUCUUAUUGGUCCCCGGCCUCAGGACGGAAGCCACGCCCACCACACUCCCUGCAUGAGGGACAAGGCCACUCAGACCCCCAGGGCCUGGGCGGAUGAGAGGAGGCGGGGGAGCCACAAGAGAUCGGCCUCCUGCGGGAGCACCGACCAGCUCAAAGAGAUUGCUAAAUUGCGACAGCAACUCCAGCGCAGUAAGCGCAGCAGUCGUCACCGCAGGGACAAGGACCGCAGGUCCCCCUUCAACGGGAGUCAUGCUGCCAUCAUCCAGUCACAGGCCCAGAUGCCCAAUAAGACCAUCCUGAUCCCCGUCCCCAAGUCGACGGCGCCUCGCUUCAGGAACAGUGUGGAGGGUCUCAACCAGGAGAUUGAACGCAUCAUCAUCCGUGACACACCACAACUACGAGAUGAGGUUAUUAUUCCCCAAGAUGUCCCAGACGGGCACCGUGCCCCCCCACCCCUCCCCCCCCAGCGCAGCAGCUCCACCCGAAGCAUUGACACACAGACCCCCUCAGGAGGGGGCCUCGGUGGCGGUAAGCAUAGCAACAGCAGCAGCCGGCCCGACUCCAUCUCUCCCUCCUACCUUACCAUCCUCAACGAUAUGGGAGGAGGCAGCCCCUACACCGCAGAGGAGAAAGAACUGGGUCCCUGCUCACCUCUCCCGAAGUAUGCAGCGUCUCCGAAGCCCAACAACAGCUACAUGUUCAAGAGGGAGCCGCCGGAGGGCUGUGAGAAGGUCAAGGUCUUUGAGGAGUCACUUCCCAGACCCCUCCAGGAGAUUCCUCCCUUCCUGUGUCCGGACCGUAACAAGGUGAACUUCAUCCCUAAGAGUGGCUCAGCCUUCUGCCUGGUCAGCAUCCUGAAGCCCCUGUUGCCCGCCCCGGAGCUCAGCUUCAGAUCAGGGGUUGGCCUCCGCAGCCUGUCCCCCAGCUUGGUGCCUCUGGGUGGGGUUGGCCUGCGCAGUCUGUCCCCCUCCAUGAUGCCUCUAGGUGGGGUGGGCCUCCGUAGCCUGUCCCCUUCCCUAGGGGUAUCCUGGGGCACGGUCCACCAGCAACCCUGCCUGCCCAGACACCUGGAGGAACCAGAGAGCUAGAGCACCACACUUCUGCCCCGGAGGACAGACUGCUGAAUAACAUCACAGUCAGAUAAACAUAAUGAACAUAAUACCCUGCUGAUCGAGACGCCUUCGACAUGCUAACUCCCCUGGUCAUAACUGUCCCCUGGUUCUACCUGCUCAUUCUAACUCCACCCACUGGUCCUACCUGGUCCCAACGUUCCACUGAUCCUAUGUACCGAGAGGAUACAGGAGACACUUUCUAUUUUCAUCGCAUUAAACCAUGAAACCUCU